ACAAUUUCCACCAUCAUCUGUCAUUGUAGUCUCAAAAAUACAAAUGGCAGAUGCAAUGGCCGCCAGCAGCGGUGGUAUACAGUGGUCGGCGAUUAUUAAGUUGUUUUCGGGAUCUCAUAACGAUGCUUCCGACAAGUUAGAAUUGCUGGAUCUGUGCCUCGCGAUUGUUAAAAGCGAAUCGGACAUACUUCGAUACAAGGGACGGGGCUUUUACAAUUGGUUCGCGGUCCUCGCCGCCGAUUAUAUUACUAAUAACGCCCGGAAUCUCUCAUCCAGUCAAUUGGAGGUUGUCCACUCUGCCUGUCAAGUACUUCUUAAGUACUUGAUUGGGGCCCUACAAACUAACAAUACAGAGAGCAACUACAACAAUGUGUUAGUUGAAAAAUAUUUGAAGGCUAUAAGAAUUUUAUGUCUUGGACAAGAUUUUUUUAGUCCUACGGAAAUAUCUACGUUAGUAAUCAGUAUGAAAGGUGAAACUUUACCAACAAAUACAGCCCCUGCAGGCGAAAAAGAUGCUAGCAAUAAGCAAGAAACUUCCAAACCUCGAACAGAUCUAUCAAUAACAAUUUUUGAGCAGCUAACGAUGCCCUUGCGCGAAGGGACUAGUAAUGGUUCAGAACAAAGUAGCAGUGGUCAAAGUACCGGCGGAGAUCAAAUCAACACGAAUGAUCCAAUUACGGAAAUUACAAAGCUUUUGUUGAAAGCAAAUAGUGAAACGUUGCAAUCGUUACGUGCUGGUGACACUUUAGCUGAUUUGUGCUUAAAUCUACCUAGUAUUAAAAAGGCAAAGGUGAAAAUCGAUGAAACAUUAGCCGGAAAACCAUUUUCUCUUCCAACGACUCACACUGAAGCUACAUCUAUAAGAAAUAGUUUAUCAGCAACUUUAGCAGAUAUUAAUUUAGCAUCAUCAGCAAUUAAUCUGCCCGUUCUUGAACCACUCACUCCAAGUAAACUAGAUAAAUUAUGUAAUUUAGGCAUGGCUGUUUUAUAUUGCGCAUUAAACCAAUCGUGUGCUAGUUCCGUCUUGGCGAUGUGCUCAGCAGUUUCACCAAAAUGUCCAAGCGGACAAUCGCAAUCUUUAUUUAAAGAUGACGAGGAUAGCGGAACAAUUACUUUAGUUGAAGAAGCACUAAAUAUGUUCGCUUAUAUAGGAACUACUAUUAAAAAUUCAACCAGGGCAGGAGGACAUGUAUAUCAAAAUCAUUUAUUAUCAGGAGCUUGGGUGUUAAUAGCCGGUUUACAAAGCCAUGUUUCGUCAACUACAACUGAAAAGUUAUCACACCUUCGAGAUGAUAAAGGUCGCAGUCCAAGUAAAUCACUAAGAGAAACUGGUACAAGCGGCCGUUAUAGCUAUAUGAAAUUUCAACAGGCUUUUAGUGUACUUUCAGUUGCGUUGGCUGGACGAGCCUUAUCAUUACUAUCAAAACUGUUUGAAGACUUAAAUUUGGAAGUGUGUGGAACAUCUGGAAAUGUAGUGCAAGUCGAUCCAGCACCAAUUUCAAUAAUGGGUCAAUUCUCAGCUUUACAAAGAAUAGCUCGGUUAUUAGGCGCUGCUCCACUAAAUCAGUUACUUUUUUAUAUAGCCUUGAUCAGUUAUCGAAAAGCUUGUACCUUAAAAAGAGUACAUCCACCCGAAGGAGAUAUUUUUAGUCAAAGUGAUUCAACGACUUAUUAUGAAGAUAUGAUUAUGUGUUCCGAUGAAAAUUCAACAGACGAAGAUGAUGAUAGCGAACCGAUUUUGGGAUUGUGGUUCGAAGAAACAUUAGCGCCGCCUGAAAACCCUGAACCGAAAACUACAAAUGUAAUCAACACAGGUCAAGUUAAACCUAACCAAGAAAGACUUCACACCAUUGUUCCCGAAACUGGGGAAGCCAGCGGAUUUAUUACAUUAGCUACGAACAUUUUUGUGUUUAUGAAUAGACAUUUUUUACGAUCGAAAAGUUCGUAUGUUACCAGAUACGUUAAAACUGGUUUGGGUGAACAUCAAAUAUCGAUUCUGGCGUUAAUUAUUCGCGAUCUCGAUAGAGAAACUUCAAGGACAGAGAUUGGAACAAUUCCAAGUUAUUUUGGUGUUGCCCUAGGCCAAUUAUAUUGCGAAUUUUCUGGAGCUCUCACAAGGUUUACUCACAAUUUAGUGACUCAUUCUGGUUUACAAGGGCUUCAAGUAAGCUUAUUAAAUCAUUUAGGUGUUUCACCAUGGAAUACCGAUGUUCCACAUGCUUGGCCUUUACAAGUUUACCCAAGAACUUUGGCUGUGUUAUCGCAAGUAUUGUUAUUAAGACCUCAAAACGAAAAAGAAGCCUCAGUGAUAAGUAUCUGGCAUAGAUUGGUAAAUACAUUAAUUGAGAGUGUGAUGAAUCCUCCAACUGUGGUUGAUAAUGAUAAUGAAGAUUUAAACGUCGAGCACGCCCAGGUUUUAUUAUACCUUUUCCAUUUAUUGAAUUUGAUGCAAAAGAAAUCGGUACUUUUGCUAUUAGCUAGUGCCAUUUUGAGAUGUUCAGAGGUAGCCCAAAAUAUAUUAAGGGAUACACAACUUUUGCACAUAUCUAGAUUGUUGUUACUUUUUGAUUAUAUAAUGAAACAUUUGUAUGAUGCACCAGCUACGCUUUUAGAACAGAUUCAAUGGAAUUUAUUUUAUGCUACGAAUUUAAAUACAGAUAAAGAUAAAGAAAAUAACAUGUCUCGAAUGUACACACAUUGGAAAGAAAUAGAAGAAAAUCAUCGUAAAUUUGCUUUGAGUGAAGAAUUUUCAAUGAAACCUCGGUUUUAUGUUGUUACUAGUCUUGAAGUUCGUAACCAAGAUCCGCCGAAAUUGGAUGGUUUGGCUUGUAAUUUUAUUUUGGGAACGCCUGAUAAAAUUAGGUAUCCACUUCUUCUCGAUGGGUUAAUUGAAAUUUUAAAUGUAACUCACGUAACAUCAGGAGCACCUGCUGUUAAGAUGUCAUUUCUAGGAAUGUGUGCCACUCAAUACUGUUAUACGAUAUGUUGGAGGUUGCUUCAAAUUUUACCACCAUCAACUCCAUACAUCGAAAGAUUGUCUUUAGGAGAACCAAUAGUGGCAGGACCUUUACUUCUUCACUCAUUGAUUUGGGGACCGCGUACGAAUCAUAAAGUGUUUAGUCGUUGGUUAAAAGAUUGUUUGGUAAAGCAAGGUAUUUACACUCAACAUACAGAUAAAUUAUUAAAAACGUGUCACGAUACUGUUACGACGUUAAAAUAUGAUGUAACAAUGGCUAAAAAUUGUAUUAUCACGUUGAUUCCGGAUACCAAAAAAGGUUCUUUAACAAAAGAUGCUUUACCACCGCUUUGGCACUUAUUCAUCUUAGAUGCUGUGUUGGCUAAAGUACAAGUUGCGUUAUCAGAUGAAUCUGAAUCUUCCGAGAUGACCGCUGCAAAUCGAGCGUGUGUUCAAGAAUUGAUCCCUCACGUCUUAAGGUUAACCCAGUCAAUAUUGUAUAUUACGAAAUGGUCGUUAUUAAAUAAUAUGGUGGAACAAACUGAUCCACCAGGGAAGUACACUCUACAAGAUUAUGAAUCGAUUCAAGAAAUUUUAGCGAUAGCAUCUACAAAAAACACAUUAACAUCCACUCUUACCAGCGAUUUUAACACAUUACUACCAUCAUCUGUUGUAAAAGUCUUACAAAGUUGGAAUGCGGUAACCUUAGAAGAUUGUACGUCAACUCCGUUUAUUAACGAUACAAUUCCAGCUGAAAGUUACAUCUUAAAGAUCAUAGACACGCAUAUUUCAACGCUUUCAUUAAGCAAUCCAUUUAGUAUAAAUUUAUCUUUGAAGAGACUUUUACAAUGUUUGGUGAAAUUUUUGUGUCAGCACGCUCCAAAAAUUGAAAACACCGAUACAAAAAAUAAAGCUAUUGAAUUAUUGGUGUUGGUUACUAUGGAUAUAAGAACCGAGUUUUUAUAUGAUACAGUUUCAAAAACUUUAGAUAAAAUGAUUGGUGAUCUAGAAACUGACGAACAUCAAAAGAGGGUUUAUUUAUACGUUUUAGAAAACACUUAUAAAUUAAUAACGAAUUUUACCAAUAAUUAUAACGAUUUAAUCAACGAGAAAUUAUUACACAACUAUUUGAAGUUUUACGAGAAAAUUAUUGAGAAAUCAUCUGGAAGACAAGCUUUGGAAUUAUUUUUUACCGGCGAUAAAGAUUUGGUAAAAGUUUUAAUGUCGGUGUCCAGUCCUCAAAUGUCCCAACAAUACAGUACAAGAGUUCUCCAUUUCUUCAACAAACUUUAUCAAGCAGCUGAAAAAAGUUCUACCGAUCCUAGUUUGAAUUAUUUAUGUGGUAGUAUGAGUAAACUAGCUGACGUGAAACCCGAUACUUUACAAACAUGGUUAAGACAUUUAAUAAUCGGUACAAAUUCGAUGACCGUUAGCGAAUCUUCUUCCAAUAUACAAACACCUACAGCCACAGCUGCUCCAACAAACAAAAACGAAACCGCAACCGAAAACGGGAAAAGUACCGAAAAUAACACAAGUUUUGUAAUAAGAACAGAUUCAAACGCGUCUCCAUGUCCUAGCGAAGAUCAAAAAUCUUUAAUACAAGAAAACAGCCAAUUAUUACAAGCAUUAACCAAUUUCAUCGUAAAACAAACCGGAUUAUCCGAAGAUGUCCCAAUUACAAUUUUAAAUGCUUUAAUUCCAUUAGGAUCAAUUAUUCUUUCACCAACAAUCGAAGGAGCAGGAUUUACAGAUUUAAUGGUUGUUAUGACCACCUUAGCUGAUGCGGGAAUAGGAAAAGGACACGCCACUUUAGUUGCAGUUACUUCCGAUUGGUUGGAAUUAUGCUGUGAGAGUUUAACUCAAAAAGAAGUUGUAGAUAAUUUAGGGGCUGAUGUAGGAACGGAAAAGAACUCAGUCAUGUUAGAAGCAGCGUGUUGUCUUCUUGAAUACUUAAGUGAUAUUGUGAACGCUUUAUCUUCGAAUCAAGGUGCGCCAUCAUUUCGAGCUGUAAGUCCACCUUGGGAGGGGGAAACCCCUUUGGAACAUGACGUUGAUUGGCCGGAAGAAGGAAACGAUGAUGAAGAUAGCGGAGAUGAUUCCGAUGAAGAUUCUUUGUGUAAUAAAUUGUGUACGUUUACGAUCACGCAAAAAGAAUUUAUGAAUCAGCACUGGUAUCAUUGUCACACGUGUCGAAUGUUAGAUGGUGUUGGAGUAUGUUCGGUUUGCGCGAGAGUUUGUCACAAGGGGCACGAUUUAAGUUACGCAAAGUUUGGAAAUUUCUUUUGCGAUUGCGGCGCUAAAGAAGACGGUUCUUGCCAGGCUUUAGUGAAAAGAUCGCCUCAAUCAAACGAAGGCCCUUCAACUUCAAAUAAUGCGGCUACAACAGGAUUUGCAUCAGAACACAUGUUAACAAGUUCUUUAAGACGAAGAGCUUCCUCCCCGGUACCAAUUGAUAAAAUGGUUUUGAAAAAAGAAAGAAAAACACCGCCGGUGGUAAAACAAAUAGAAGGAUCGAGAGAAUUUUUAAUGACCACGUUUGGAAGUUCUAAUAUGCCUAAAACUUUACUGAAUUUAGUGCAAUCGUUCACACCUUCAGUGGAAGCUUUUUGUAAUCGAAAUUCUGCCGUUGGUUGUCAUGCAAGAGCUUUAAAAGCUUUACAACAACUGCAUUCAGUUGAAAAGAAAUACGUUUAUAACGAACAAUUGAUGGUUCCGACUUUGGGAUCGCAAGAAGGUGCAUUUGAAAAUGUUAGAAUGAGUUAUGCUGGCGAACAAGGUCAAACGAUCCGACAACUUCUCUCGGCUCAUAUAGUAAGGCGAGUGGCAAUGUGCUGCAUGUAUUCUGCGCAUGGUAAACGUCAGCAUUUAGCUGUUUCACACGAAAAAGGAAAGAUAACCGUUUUACAGCUAUCUGCUUUAUUAAAACAAGCGGAUUCCUCAAUGAGAAAAUUAACGCUAACUCGUUUAGCCUCCGCUCCAAUACCAUUUACGGUACUAUCUCUCUCUAGUAAUUUAUGUAACGAAGAUUAUCUUGCGGUAUGCGGACUGAAAGAUUGUCACAUCCUCACUUUUAAUUCGAACGGUUCCGUUUCUGAUCAUUUGGUGUUACACCCACAACUUGAAACGGGAAAUUUUAUAAUAAAAGCGAUUUGGUUGCCAGGUUCUCAAACGCAACUCGCGUUAGUUACCGCCGAUUUCGUAAAGGUUUAUGAUUUGGCACAAGACGAUUUAUGCCCAAAAUAUUAUUUCUUGGUACCAAGUGGAAAAAUACGCGAUUGCACUUUUAUGUAUGAAGAUAAAGAAUACAAUAUUUUAUUGAUGUCAUCACCUGGCCAUAUUUAUUACGAAGCUUUAAAUGAGGAAAGCCUGGCUACUCACGGAGCGUUUUAUGUAACAAAUACUUUGGAAGUUUUCCAUUUAGAUGUGACGGAUGUGAAUGGACAAGUAGCUGGUGGAGGUGUGAGCAUUUAUUAUUCCCAUACUUUAGGGUUAUUAUUCUAUAGUUACGCGCAAGGAAAAAGUUUUGUGUCGCCUAUAACACCUAAAAAUAACUGUUUAACCGUCAUUUUUCCAAUAACAAUUCCGUUUUCGACGGUUGCGACUUCAAAGAGUAAUGGCAGUAAAAAUCCAACGCCUCAACCUUUGUGUCAGUGGACAGAAAUUCCGAAUCAUCCCGGUUUGAUUUGCUGCGCAAUGCAAUCGACAAACACCCCGGUGGUUUUAAUGAUGCGCCCUGACUCGAUAGCUAUCCAUGAAAUAAAAGUGGUACCUUCAAAAUCAAAAAUAAUGGAUAUGGUUGCUAUAAGACACAAUUCGGUUAACGAACAAAGAACCACGUUGAUUUUAAUGUGCGAAGAUGGAAGUUUGAAAAUUUAUAUGGCUAAUAUGGACCAAACCGGAUUUUGGAUGUCUCCAACUAUUCAACCAGCGAUUGGAAAUAGCGCAGUGAAACCGAAAAAGAAAAAGGUGGUUAAAACCGGGAAAACGCCGAGUUCUGUUACAUUUCCGGUGGAUUUCUUUGAACAUAGCCAACCAAUGAACGACGUUGAAAUUGGUGGUAACGAUCUUUUACAAGUAUAUAAUGUUUCGCAACUAAAACAUCGUUUAAACACAACCGGAUUAUACGUUGUUUGUACAAAACCUUUAGGCUUUACCGUCGAAAUUACCAAUGCUGAUAAUAACAUGGUUAUGACUGGUGUUAGAGUUUUAGUGGGCAGUCAAGAUCCAACAAGAGCGCCAUCAUUUAUUGAAGUAUUUGGGCGAAUUACUACUAUUUCCGUUCACCGUAGUAGAUGGUAUGAUGUCCCAUUUUCGCGCGAAGAAAGUUUACAAGCAGAUAAAAAGAUUACCAUUACAUUUGGUCCAUCGCAAGAUGUUGAAACUGUAACCAUGAUAGAUAGUAUCAAAGUUUACGGAAAAACUAAGGAUAUGUUUGGUUGGCCAGAAGAGAAUGAGGAAACAGUCACCGCAAAUAAUUCAACACCUCCAACAACCACAACAAACGUUGCGAAUGAAACGGAUCAAACUAACAACACCAAUUCUUUACCGUUAACCAAAUUAGAACGUUUGGUAACGAAUAUCUUGGAAGUUUUAGAUGGGACCUUUGCUCUAUUUCCAAACGAAGAAAAUUUGAUGAAUUAUAAGAGUAGUUGUAUUAAAAUAGCCACCGAUUUGCUUACCUUACCAACACCGAUUUGUAUACAACUUUAUUCAAAGUCACUUCUCGCCUCAUUGCACCAAACGAAACAAUUAUAUCACAGUUACAAAGAUUUAGCUUUACUACAACACGUUUUGCAAACAUUAACGUCCAUGUUAGAUACAAAUCCUGCUAAAAUUGAAACGGAUAUCGACGCGGAAAGUUACUUCCGCUUAAUUUUAAUUGUCCGAGGAAUCGCCGUUUCGCGGCCACAAAAUUUGGUAAAGUUCGCCGAUUCUCACACUUCGAUUCAAGAUGUAGUUCUCGACGAUCCAUUAAAAAGUAAACCUCGUACUUCAAAAUCCGGAAAAAAUCAACAUUUACUCUUACAAUUAAUGGACGUUUUAUGGCUACUUCAUUCAUUAAAUCCAGAAAAUCCAUCGUUAGUACCCGUCGUUGUCCCCGGAUUAAAACACACCGAACAAGUUGUUCAUGCUUUGGUCGAAAUUGUCCACGCGUUUAAUAGUUGCGACACAUAUAGUAACAUUACAAUUGCGGUUUACUUACAAUUAUUAUUGUGCGAAGAUCCGUUAAUCGCGUUUAGCGCGAAACAAGCGAUUUGCAGAGUUCUCAAACCGAAAUACAAAAGGAGAAGAGUUUAUAUUCCGAGUCCACCACGUUGUACAUCUCCAUCUACUACAAAAACAGAAGUCGAAGAAGAUAAACCGAGACCUACCCCUCAAUCACUACCACUUCCACGGGACCCUCGUUUUGAUCUUGACACUGUUGAAGCUAUUGCUUUGUUACAACCGGCCGUUGAUGCACACAAUGCUAAUUUAGAAGCUUUGGUGGGGUCUGGAGGACCUGGAUAUCCACCGGUACUCUAUAUACCUCCUGAUACUGACGAUGAAACGAUGGUUGAGUUAGCUAUUGCUUUGUCUUUGCAAGAACAUGGGUUAAGUGCUGAACAAGGACAACAUGGAUUACAGGUGUUAGGAAAUCCAGCUUUACAACCUAUACAAGGUCAACCCGCUCAAGAAGCGGGUCAUUUUAGUGACACAACCGCUUCCGCUGCUGGUUCAGAUGAUGAAGGAAGUACAGCAGCUACAGAUGGAUCUACAUUACGAACAUCACCAGCGGAACAGGGUGGUAGCGCUGGCUCUGAAAGUGGUGGUAGCGGUGUAGAGAGCAUUACCGGCGAACAUAAUGUGUCUGGUCGUAGCUCAGCUUACGGUGACAAUGUGCCAGAAGUGAUUAACACAGUUUCACGAUCAGACACAAGCUCACUAGCUACUGCCAACUAUCAGAUCGCCGAAGCAGAUCAAAUGAACCAAGAGGUCGAUCACGAAACCGAUCCGGAGAAUAGUUCACGACUUCAUGUACUUCGUCUUCAACUUCUUGAACGAUUAAUCGAAUAUCUUCCGAAGUUACAUGAUGUUGAUGGUGUGAGGAUUAUUCCAUUUUUACAGGUUGUUUUGCAAUUAACUACCGAUCUUGAUGCUCAUUCUGAUCGGGAUAAAAAUUGUCUCAACUCACUUUUAACUGCGAUUAUUCAAGAAUUAGAAAUAAAUAUGGUUUCAACGGUGAAUGUGCGCGUUCGAACAAGUCAACGUGAGCUUCAAUUGGUUAUUAUGAGAUUAUUAAGUGUUUUAAUGUCUCGAUGUAAAACGUCUGGUUCAAGUACAACAAAACCGGCCCCUACAGAUAAUUCUACUUAUAUUUCACAAGUAACGGCGACUAUGCUUCAUAAAGCUGAUAUUAUAAAUUAUUGUUUAAAAUUACUUCAAUCCCUUUUGGAGUAUUGGAAAAAGGUUUCGGAUGAUACAACAACAACACAAGCUGGAAAUAAUUUAUUGAAAGAACAUUUACCGCAUUCACCGCCUGAUAUGACGCCGUUUUUCCUUAGACAAUUUGUUAAAGGACACGCGUCGGAUAUAUUCCAAACAUAUCCCCAAUUACUCACCGAGAUGGCUUUAAGACUACCGUAUCAAGUUCAUAAACAUUCGGAGGUUUCUGAACCGGUUACAUCAGCUUUUGAUCCAUCUUGGUAUAGAUAUCUUUGCGAGUACAUGAUGACGUCGCAAACCCCGUUUUUGCGAAGACAAGUUAGGAAAUUGUUGUUGUUCAUUUGUGGGAACAAAGAGAAAUAUCGCCAGUUAAGAGAUGUACACGCCCUUAAUACUCACAUGAAGGCGGUUAAAAAGUGUUGUGCAAAAGGCGGAUACAAUUCAUCGAUAGAAAUGCAACAUAGUUUAUCUUUAACCUACGAUGCAUUGGUUGAGCUGGUCGAACAUCUGAAAAUGUGCCUCGAAAUUGCGUUAAAUCGAACCGGAAAUUGGCAAAGUUUUUGUAUUCAUCACGAAAAAAUGAUCCCAUUCUUAUUUCAAGUUAGCUGCUUAUUAGAUGAAGGUGUCGCCCCAACGAUCCUCCAUCUUUUAAACUGCGCGAUUGUUGUUAAUGCUUCCGCAAAUACCAAUAAAAAGAACGAUGCUUCAGCGAAACCGAGCACUUCAUCCAGGAAGGAAAGAGAAAAAUCGGACGAUUCCGCAACGGAGGCUUUAUUUGAAGAAUCGAAUUGUAUCGCUUUGGUUGAACAGAUUAAUAAACAAGUAUCCCGCGACAUUUUACGCCGAUUUAUAAAAACUUUUGUUCUCGAAACGAACUCGACCCUCGUGAGGUGGCAAGCACACUCAUUAAUAGUCGCUAUAUACAAAAAUUCAAAAAGUCCCGAACAAUCAACUUUGUUAGAUUUAUUGUGGAGUUUAUGGCCUUGUUUACCCGCUUACGGAAGAAAAGCAGCCCAAUUUGUGGACUUAUUAGGCUACUUUUCUUUGAAGUUUAGCGAAUCCAGCGAAUCUCCACAACAGAUCUCUGAAUACGUCGAAAAAGCUGUAGAUGUAUUACGAGUCCAAAAUCAACUAUUAGCGCAUCACCCAAACGCGAGUCUUUACACUCACAUGUCGCAAUACGUCGAGUUAGAAGGUUAUUAUUUAGAAUCAGAACCUUGCCUUGUAUGUAACAACCCCGAAGUGCCCCUUUCAACGAUAAAACUUAGCUCCGUAAAAGUAGAUUCAAAAUUCACGACAACAACUCAAAUAGUAAAACUUUUAAGUAGUCACACAAUAAGUAAAAUUACCGUUCGCAUCGCGGAUUUAAAGCGCACCAAAAUGGUGAGAACGAUUAAUAUUUACUACAAUAACCGAAGUGUACAAGCGGUGGUGGAACUAAAAAAUAAACCGGCUUUGUGGCACAAAGCAAAAAAAGUUUCUUUGCAGUCAGCUCAAACGGAAGUAAAAAUCGAAUUUCCUUUACCAAUAGUCGCGUGUAAUUUAAUGAUUGAAUACGCGGAUUUCUACGAAAAUUUACAAGCUUCUAGUGAAACUUUACAAUGUCCAAGAUGUAGCGCUGCCGUUCCUGCAAAUCCGGGCGUGUGUUCGAAUUGUGGUGAAAAUGUUUUCCAAUGUCAUAAAUGUCGCGCGAUUAAUUACGACGAAAAGGACCCAUUUUUGUGCCACGCCUGUGGAUUUUGUAAAUACGCCAAAUUUGAUUUUACAUUGCAAGCGAGACCGUGUUGUGCCGUUGAACCAAUAGAAACGGAUGAAGAUCGGAAAAAAAUGGUCUCGAAUAUAAACUCGUUGUUAGAAAAGGCCGAUCGAGUUUAUAAACAAUUAAUGGCAAAUAAACCGAAUCUAGAAGCUUUAGUUGUUAAAAUAACCGAACAAAGAUCGGAUAGAAAACUUGAUGAACCAUCUUCUAGCUCAGUUAAUACCAACUCAACUGUUAAUUCAGUUCAAGCAUCGUUGGUUCAUAUUAAAGUAAAUAAAACGAUUCAAAUGUUAGCCCAACAAUAUUGUAGCGAGUGUAAAAUGUCUUUUGAAGAAUUAAGCAAAAUAAUUCAACGUGUUUUGGUUUCCCGGAAAGAAUUAAUCGCUUACGAUCGAAGACAUAAAGAUAGCGAAUCGAUACUAGAAACCACAACAACUGAAGAACCCGGUCCUAGUGAUAUAACAACUCAACCGUUAUCGGUGAUUAGUAGAUCGAGCAGUAGAUGUUACGGUUGUUCUUCAGCCGCCACCGAACAUUGUUUAACACUUUUAAGAGCUUUAGCUCUAAACCCAAAAACAAGGGAGUUAUUAUGUUCGAAAGGAUUAAUUCAAGAUUUAUUAUGGAAUAAUCUAAGAAAGGGAAGUACCCAAUUACAAGAAGACGUACGUCAACUCCUAUGUGUACUUUCAAAAGACAAUGAAAAAGCAACCGAAGAACUUUGUUCAUUAAUCAUGGAACGAAUUACUUUAAGUUUGAAUAGUUACAUAGGCACAACGGAUUUAGCUUCUAGCAUUUGUCACGAAAUGGCUUUAUUAGCAUCAUUAUUAAAUUUAAAAGAUAACUGUUGGGAAAUGCGAUUUAGAUUGUUGGUGGAAUUAUUCCUGAGAGCUUGCGAAGAUACUCAAAGUCCGGUUGUUAUUGAAUCAAUUAUUUUACCGUGUCUUAAAAUUUGGUACAAUAUUAUUAAACCACCCGAUAACACCACAAGUAAAAAGGCUAAAGAAAAAGCUAACGUUGCGGUUAGUGUUAUAAGAGUAGAUACCGUUCAAGUAGGAAUAAACGUUUUUAAAUGGUUGGAAAAGGAUGGAAACAAUUCGUAUAAAAAAUGGAAACGUUAUAAACCUGAAAAAACCGAAGCGAUUUCCAUUCCAAAAGAAAAAGCACAAGCUCGUGAAUUUUAUUUAAUUGAAAAAUAUGGCAAGCGAUGGAAAGAAAAAGUUUCGGGAAAAGCCCCUCCUAUUAGCGACUUUAACGUUUUAUCUUGGGUAAAAGCUGUGUUAUUUAAUCCAAGUUCUAGAUUAGCUAGACAAGUUACUUCUAACAUCCUCGAGUAUUGCUGUAGUAGUUUUUCAAGGAAAGAAAAAGUCCUAUUAUUGUUAACUCAAUUUUUGGAAGAGUUAAGCGGAGCCGGAGAAAGUUCCUCAGAAUUUUUAACAUUGUAUCAAAAUUUAAUUCAAGAAGUACCUUGGAAACAAUAUUUAACCGUACACGGCGUUUUAUUAACAUUAGCCGAUUUAAUUACUCAAGAAAUCGAACAAUUACAUUAUUUAGAAGAAACAACAUUAACUUCUGAUUUAACCCAAGGUUACGCUUUAAAUCAACUCACAGAAUUAUUAUCUUCGUUCCUUGAUGAUUCAGCGAUACGAAGACAAUAUAAAGGAAAAUUAGUUGGGGCAGUUUUAAAUGGUUAUUUAUCUUUGAGGCGAUUAGUAGUUCAACGAACUCGAUUAAUUGAUGACACUCAAGAAAAAUUAUUAGAACUUCUCGAAGAAAUGACAACGGGUACAGAAGAAGAAACCAAAGCGUUUAUGAUCGUUUGUAUGGAAACCGUCGAAAAAUACAGUUUACAAGAUAUUUUAACUCCAGUAUUUAUUUUCGAACGUCUUUGUUCGAUAAUUUAUCCAGAAGAAAAUGAUAUCGGCGAAUUUUUCCUUACAUUAGAAAAAGAUCCACAACAAGAAGACUUUUUGCAAGGUCGUAUGUUAGGAAAUCCUUAUUCUAGUCUCGAGGCCGGUUUAGGUCCUUUAAUGCGCGAUGUAAAAAAUAAAAUAUGUCAAGAUUGCGAAUUGGUAGCUUUAUUAGAAGACGAUAACGGUAUGGAAUUAUUAGUCAACAACAAAAUAAUGAGCUUAGAUUUACCGGUUAGAGACGUGUAUAAAAAAGUUUGGAUCGCCGAAGGGGGCGAGCACGAAUCAAUGCGAGUCGUGUACAGAAUGCGAGGCCUUCUUGGAGAUGCCACGGAAGAAUUCGUCGAAACUCUAAACAAUAAAUCACAAGCAGCGGUUAAUAACGAAGAAGUUUACAAAAUGGCUAAUAUUUUAGCGGAAUGCGGAGGUUUACAAAUUAUGGUGAAACGAUUAGGGGCCAUACAAAACGUCGUUAGAGCCAAACCUUUACUUCAGGUUUUAUUAAAAUUAUUUAGAGUUAGUGUUAAGGUCGUACGUGUACAAGAAGUUUUAACACAACCUGAACUCGGAGCGAUGGCCGUCUUUUUAAAGACUUUACAAUUGUGUCUUGAUACUGAAGGUGAUUCUACUCAAUUUGCCAUAACUGAACAAUUAUUAGAUAUAAUGGAAACUGUGCUAUCAAAAGCAACUAGUCAAUCGUUAGAUAAAUUUGAAAAAUUCUCAGAAACAUUUGGUGGUCCAGAAUACGUUCAAUCGAUAUUAAAAUAUACAAAUCAGCCGAGUAUAAAAAACAAUCAAUCGGUUCAAGAGCACUUAAUGCACGUUUUAGCGUCUCUAGUUUAUGGAAACGCGGAUCGUAUGCGCGUUCUUAUGGAACACUUCACUCCAAUUUUGAAUUUUAACAAAUACGACAUCGAGCACACCGCCGACGAUCAACAAAAACUCGAAAUGUUUUGCGUGUUAACGAACGGAAUCGAUCGUCGCGAAAUCGGAAAUACACUCAAAGAUUAUAUCAUCUCAAUGGGGGUCAUUAAUGACGCGUUGGAGUACAUUACGAUGCACGCGCCUUGCGUUAAACCCACUCUUUUACGAACGGAUAGCGACGAAUUGAAAGAGUUCAUUUCGAAACCGGCAUUAAAAUAUAUAUUAAGAAUUUUAACUGGAAUGGCGAAUUGUCAUCAAAACACUCAAAUGGCGGUUGCGACAGCCAAUACGAUACCGAUUAUACAUAGAUUAGAGCAGGUUUCUUCUGAUGAACAUGUUGGAUCGUUGGCUGAAAAUUUAUUGGAGGCUUUGUGUACUAACGCAACUGUAGCCACUUGUAUUGAAGAAGCUAGGGAAUUUACUAGAGCGGAAAAGAAAAGACUUGCUAUGGCUAUGAGAGAAAAACAAUUAGGACAACUUGGUAUGAGAACUAACGAUAAAGGGCAGGUAACAGCAAAAUCGACAAUUCUACAACAAAUGGAAGAAUUGGGUGAAGAAACCGGAUUGGUUUGUUGUAUUUGCCGUGAAGGUUAUAAAUACCAACCAACAAAAGUUUUGGGGAUUUACACGUUUACUAAACGCUGUAACGUCGAAGAAUUUGAAGCGAAACCAAGAAAAACGAUUGGGUAUAAUACGGUUACUCAUUUUAAUAUUGUACACAUUGAUUGUCACACAAGUGCUGUUAGAUUAGCUAGAACUCGUGAUGAAUGGGAAUCGGCUGCUUUACAAAACGCCAAUACAAAAUGUAACGGUCUCCUCCCUCUGUGGGGUCCUCAAGUUCCCGAAUCAGCGUUCGCAAGUUGCCUAGCUAGACACAAUUCUUAUCUUCAAGAAAGUACGAGUUACCGCGAUAUCGGCCAUAGUUCAACAAUACACGAUUUAAAAUUAUUGCUGCUUCGAUUUGCAUUUGAAAAACCGUUUCAUGAAGAUACGGGAGGUGGUGGUCCUCAAAGUAACAUGCACAUGGUACCUUAUUUAAUCCAUAUGGCUCUCUAUGUAAUUAAUACCACGAGGGUAAGUAAGAAAGAAGAAGGGAGUUUGAUGUCGUAUUUGUCAUCGAUUGAUGAUGAGGCUUGGGUUGAAUCUUCGUACGAUGCUGAAGGGCCGCUUUAUUGGUUAACAAUGUCGUUUUUGGUUCACACACCAACGACGUGGAAUCGCUAUAAAUUAACGCAUUUAAUGCGUUUGAUCGUUUUGGCUCAUGCAAGACACUGUCAUCCUUCUGGGCCGGUAAAAACAGUUUCAAAUAAAAGUGAGGAAGACUAUUUGGUGUAUAAACCUUACUUGGUGUUGUUUGGUCUUGUUGAUGGCGUAUACAAGAAUUUUUUCAAAAAUGUUUCCGGAACAGAUGAGCAAUGGCCUAGUAAUUUGGCUGAUUAUAUUCGACAUAACGAUGAACAUCUACUCAAGGCCUCCGAACGGUUAUUGGGUAUUUAUAUGGAUGAAUUGCUUCCUUGUGCAUCUUUUGUAGAAUUUUGUGAUGUAGCAGGACUGUUAGAUGAUAUAACACAGCCCGAACACUUUAUACACGACCUUCUAAAAAGAAUGUAAUACCCAUUAAAAAUUUUAAACAAUAUUCGGUUUUUUUCGAGGUUAAAAUAACAUAAGAAAUAAAUAAAGGCUGUAAUUAUUAAAAAAAAUUGAAAAUUGUUUCAAAUAAUGCUUAUAUUCUUACAAAUAUAAAGAAAAAUACUUAGUUGGAAUACUGGAUUGUUUGGUUUCAUUUAAAUUAAUAUUAUUACCGCUCGAUGUAGUCACUUUUUAAGUUAAUUUGCUCUCGAGGAAGUUUUUUUGUUGCGUUAGAUUUAUUACUACCUUAAUUUGUAUUAUUCAAUAAAGUAUGUUUCUUAAUUAACUCGUUAUUAAAAACUCGUUAAUCCUA